CAAGACUCUCGCGGUCUCUCUUCUCUGAGAAGGCGAUUCACGAGCAUGUGACGGGAGAGAGAUAGGGAGGAGGAUCAAAGCUUUCCUCUCUACAAAAGCCGAAAAAGCUACUAAAACCCAAAUCAAUCACUAACCAAGAAACAGAGUAGUAACAUAUUGCAAGCAACCUCUAUUUAGACAUUUUUCUCUUAUUCUUUUCAAACCCUAAUUCAUUAUACUUUUUAGUUUUGUUCUGAAUUCUCGCACGAUCUGUCGCCAUGGAUACGCGAUUUCCAUACUCCCCAGCGGAGGUCUCCAAAGUCCGCCGGGUUCAGUUUGGUAUACUCAGCCCCGACGUGAUCAGGCAAAUGUCGGUGGUGCAGAUCGAGCACAGCGAGACGACCGAGAAGGGUAAGCCGAAGCCAGGUGGUUUGAGCGACACUCGUCUCGGUACAAUUGACCGAAAGAUGAAGUGUGAGACCUGUAUGGCGAACAUGGCGGAGUGCCCUGGGCACUUUGGGCACCUGGAGCUCGCCAAGCCCAUGUUCCAUAUCGGUUUCAUGAAGACUGUUCUCAGUAUUAUGCGCUGCGUCUGCUUCAAUUGCUCUAAAAUUCUCGCCGACGAGGAAGAUCACAAGUUCAAGCAGGCUCAAAGAAUUAGAAAUCCAAAGAACAGGCUAAAGAAGGUUUUGGAUGCCUGUAAGAAUAAAACUAAAUGUGAAGGUGGUGAUGAAAUUGAGGUCCAAGGACAAGACACUGGAGAACCAAUUAAAAAGAGGCGAGGGGGUUGUGGUGCUCAACAGCCAAAGCUUACUAUUGAAGGUAUGAAAAUGAUUGCAGAGUACAAGGCUCAGAGGAAGAAAAAUGAUGACCAGGAACAGCUUCCUGAACCUGUUGAAAGAAAACAACAGCUUUCUGCAGAAAGGGUUCUAAGUGUUCUGAAGAGGAUAAGUGAUGAAGACUGCAUAUUGUUAGGUUUGAAUCCUGAAUAUGCUCGCCCUGAUUGGAUGAUACUACAAGUUCUUCCAAUUCCUCCGCCUCCUGUUAGACCGUCUGUGAUGAUGGAUACUUCAUCCAGGAGUGAGGAUGACUUGACUCAUCAGUUGGCAAUGAUCAUUAGACACAAUGAGAAUCUGAGGAGACAGGAGAGAAAUGGAGCUCCUGCACACAUCAUCUCAGAAUUUGCACAAUUACUGCAGUUCCAUAUAGCCACAUAUUUUGAUAAUGAGCUGCCUGGCCAGCCAAGGGCCACACAGCGGUCAGGGCGACCAAUUAAAUCAAUAUGUAGUAGGCUGAAGGCUAAGGAGGGUCGCAUAAGAGGUAACUUAAUGGGAAAGCGUGUCGAUUUUUCAGCACGGACUGUCAUCACACCUGAUCCGACCAUUAAUAUUGAUGAAUUGGGAGUUCCUUGGAGUAUUGCUUUAAACUUGACAUAUCCAGAGACUGUGACACCAUACAACAUUGAAAGGUUGAAAGAACUUGUUGAAUAUGGACCUCAUCCGCCACCUGGUAAAACUGGUGCCAAGUACAUCAUAAGAGAAGAUGGACAGAGGCUUGAUCUUCGCUACUUAAAGAAAAGUAGUGAUCAUCAUUUGGAGCUUGGAUACAAGGUGGAACGACACUUACAAGAUGGGGACUUUGUUCUAUUCAACCGACAACCUAGUCUUCACAAAAUGUCCAUUAUGGGACACAGAAUCAAGAUUAUGCCCUACUCGACAUUCCGCUUGAACUUGUCUGUUACUUCUCCAUAUAAUGCUGAUUUUGAUGGAGAUGAGAUGAACAUGCAUGUUCCUCAAUCAUUUGAAACAAGGGCAGAAGUCUUGGAGCUAAUGAUGGUGCCAAAGUGCAUUGUGUCACCCCAGUCAAAUCGGCCUGUUAUGGGGAUUGUCCAAGAUACACUUUUAGGAUGCCGUAAGAUCACUAAAAGGGAUACUUUUAUAGAGAAGGAUGUCUUCAUGAACAUUUUGAUGUGGUGGGAGGAUUUUGAUGGGAAAAUUCCUGCUCCUGCAAUUCUGAAACCUAGACCCCUUUGGACUGGGAAACAAGUAUUUAAUCUUAUAAUUCCUAAGCAGAUAAAUCUCAUGAGGACAUCGGCUUGGCACUCUGAAUCUGAAACAGGAUUUAUAACCCCAGGAGAUACUCAAGUUCGAAUAGAGAGGGGGGAGCUUCUUACAGGCACUCUUUGCAAAAAGACCCUUGGAACAUCUACUGGUAGUCUUAUUCAUGUGAUCUGGGAAGAAGUUGGACCAGAUGCUGCUCGCAAAUUUCUUGGUCACACACAAUGGCUUGUUAAUUAUUGGCUUCUGCAGAAUGGUUUCAGUAUUGGAAUUGGAGAUACAAUUGCUGAUGCUGCUACUAUGGAAAAAAUUAAUGAGACAAUUUCUAAAGCAAAAAAUGAAGUGAAAGAACUUAUUAGGGCUGCCCAAGAAAGGCAAUUGGAGGCUGAACCUGGACGAACUAUGAUGGAAUCAUUUGAAAAUAGAGUGAAUCAGGUGUUGAAUAAAGCUCGUGAUGAUGCUGGAAGUAGUGCACAGAAGAGCUUAUCUGAAAGUAACAAUCUUAAGGCUAUGGUUACUGCAGGGUCAAAGGGAAGUUUCAUUAAUAUUUCACAAAUGACUGCUUGUGUCGGACAACAGAACGUUGAGGGUAAGCGAAUCCCAUAUGGGUUCAUUGAUCGGACAUUGCCCCAUUUCACUAAAGAUGACUAUGGACCUGAAAGUCGUGGCUUUGUGGAAAACUCAUAUUUGCGUGGGUUGACCCCACAAGAGUUCUUUUUUCAUGCCAUGGGUGGUAGGGAAGGAUUGAUUGAUACGGCUGUAAAAACUUCUGAGACUGGGUACAUCCAGAGGCGACUUGUGAAGGCUAUGGAAGAUAUUAUGGUCAAAUAUGAUGGAACUGUCAGGAAUUCAUUGGGGGAUGUUAUUCAGUUUCUCUAUGGUGAAGACGGUAUGGAUGCUGUAUGGAUUGAGACACAGAAACUGGACUCGUUGAAAAUGAGGAAAUCCGAGUUUGAUAAAGUUUUUAGAUAUGAAAUUGAUGAUGAGAACUGGAACCCAAGUUACAUGUUACCAGAACAUGUUGAGGAUCUGAAAACCAUAAGAGAGUUCCGGAAUGUGUUUGAUGCAGAAGUUCAAAAAUUGGAAGCAGAUCGAUACCAGCUUGGCACAGAGAUUGCAACCACUGGUGAUAAUAACUGGCCCAUGCCUGUGAACCUUAAGAGGUUGAUUUGGAAUGCACAGAAGACUUUUAAGGUGGACCUGAGAAGGCCGUCUGAUAUGCAUCCAAUGGAGAUUGUUGAAGCUGUUGAUAAACUCCAGGAGAGACUGAAGGUUGUUCCUGGUGAUGAUUUUCUGAGCAUGGAAGCUCAAAAGAAUGCCACUCUCUUCUUCAACAUCUUGCUUCGAAGCACAUUUGCCAGCAAGAGGGUGUUGAAAGAAUACCGGCUUACUCGUGAAGCAUUUGAGUGGGUUAUUGGUGAGAUAGAAUCUCGUUUCUUACAGUCAUUAGUUGCCCCAGGAGAAAUGAUUGGGUGUGUUGCUGCUCAGUCCAUUGGUGAACCUGCCACUCAGAUGACUUUGAAUACCUUCCACUAUGCUGGUGUUAGUGCGAAAAACGUCACUCUGGGUGUUCCCAGGUUGAGGGAAAUUAUUAAUGUGGCGAAGAAAAUUAAGACUCCUUCACUGUCAGUCUACCUGAAGCCUGAAGUAAACAAGACAAAGGAAAGGGCCAAGAAUGUCCAAUGUGCCCUGGAGUACACUACUUUGCGGAGUGUGACACAGGCUACUGAAGUAUGGUAUGAUCCAGACCCCAUGAGCACCAUAAUUGAAGAGGAUGUUGAUUUUGUAAAGUCCUACUAUGAAAUGCCAGAUGAAGAGGUUGCUCCUGAGAAGAUUUCUCCCUGGCUGCUUCGUAUAGAGUUAAAUCGUGAAAUGAUGGUGGAUAAGAAGUUGAGUAUGGCUGACAUUGCAGAGAAGAUUAAUCUUGAGUUUGAUGAUGAUUUGACAUGUAUAUUUAAUGAUGACAAUGCUGAAAAGCUUAUUCUUCGUAUACGUAUAAUGAAUGAUGAAGCUCCCAAGGGGGAAUUGCAGGAUGAAUCUGCUGAAGAUGAUGUUUUCCUAAAAAAGAUAGAAAGUAACAUGCUGACAGAAAUGGCCCUUAGAGGCAUUCCAGAUAUCAACAAGGUGUUCAUCAAGUCAGGAAAGGUAAAUAAGUUUGAUGAAAGUGAGGGAUUCAAGCCAGAGGUUGAGUGGAUGCUGGACACUGAAGGUGUCAAUCUUUUAGCUGUCAUGUGCCAUGAAGAUGUUGAUGCCACAAGGACAACAAGCAACCACUUGAUUGAAGUGAUUGAAGUUCUUGGUAUCGAGGCUGUUCGUCGUGCUUUGCUGGAUGAAUUGCGAGUUGUUAUAUCUUUUGAUGGAUCUUAUGUGAACUACAGGCACCUUGCUAUUCUUUGUGACACCAUGACCUACCGAGGUCACUUAAUGGCCAUCACUCGUCAUGGUAUUAAUCGAAAUGAUACAGGACCAAUGAUGAGAUGCUCAUUUGAGGAAACUGUGGACAUCCUUCUGGAUGCUGCCGUGUAUGCCGAGACAGAUUGCCUCAGGGGUGUUACUGAAAAUAUCAUGCUAGGUCAGCUUGCUCCUAUUGGCACUGGAGAUUGUGCCCUGUAUUUGAAUGAUCAGAUGCUGCAGCAAGCCAUUGAACUCCAACUUCCUAGUUAUAUGGAAGGCCUGGACUUUGGCAUGACACCUUCACGAUCCCCCAUUAUGGGAACUCCAUAUAAUGAGGGAAUGAUGUCUCCGAGUUAUUUGCUCAGCCCGAAUGCUCGUCUUUCACCCAUUACCGAUGCUCAAUUUUCUCCUUAUGUUGGUGGAAUGGCAUUCUCCCCUACUUCAUCCCCAGGCUACAGUCCAUCUUCUCCAGGCUACAGUCCAUCCUCUCCUGGUUAUAGUCCUACCUCCCCUGGUUAUAGUCCUACCUCUCCUGGCUAUAGUCCUACUUCACCUGGUUAUAGUCCCACAUCCCCAACAUACAGUCCUAGCUCUCCUGGUUACAGUCCUACUAGUCCUGCAUAUUCUCCUACCAGUCCAUCUUACUCCCCCACUUCACCUAGUUAUAGCCCUACAUCUCCCAGCUAUAGUCCUACGUCUCCUAGUUAUAGUCCUACAUCUCCAAGUUAUAGCCCCACUUCUCCUAGUUACAGCCCUACUUCACCCAGCUACAGCCCCACUUCUCCAGUCUAUAGUCCUACUUCUCCUGCUUAUAGCCCUACUUCUCCUGCUUAUAGUCCAACUUCACCAUCAUACAGCCCAACCUCACCAUCGUAUAGCCCAACCUCACCAUCGUAUAGCCCAACCUCACCUUCUUACAGCCCAACCUCUCCAUCAUACAGCCCAACCUCUCCUGCUUAUAGCCCAACUUCUCCUGGCUACAGUCCAACCUCCCCAAGCUACAGCCCAACCUCACCAAGCUACAGUCCUACUUCUCCAAGUUACAAUCCUCCAUCAGCGAAGUACAGUCCUUCACUGGCAUAUUCUCCAAGCAGUCCCAGACUGUCACCAUCCAGUCCAUAUAGUCAGACAUCUCCAAACUACAGCCCAACAUCACCGUCAUAUUCACCAACAUCACCAUCUUAUUCGCCUCCAAGCCCCACUUACAGUCCCAGCAGCCCAUUCAAUUCUGGUAUCAGCCCAGACUACAGCCCAAGCUCUCCACAGUACAGCCCAAGUGCGGGGUACUCGCCAACAGCACCAGGAUACUCACCUUCAUCUACCAGUCAGUACACCCCUCAGCUUAGCAACAAGGACGAGGGGAGCACUCGUUGAGGCACAAGUUGUCAUCCACAUCUUCUUAGGAACAAGGACGAGGGGAGCACUGUCUUGUGUAGAUUGAGGGACGGCUGUAAUCAAAGUUUGUGCAAGUUGCUUGUAGCCGGCAAGUAAAUUGCUGGUUUGAGACCCAUACAGUUCUAUGGAUUUCUACUAGCAAUGUAAUUGUGGACCAUGAGUUUCUGGAACGUCUAAUGACUGUCCUAAUUAGCAGGAAGAAUUCAUAGAAAGGAUGGUUGUUUGCCAGAUGAUCAUGGAUGAGGUGUUUGUGUUGUGCCCCAGAACGUUUUUACUCAAGCCUCUGGGGGAUAAUAGCUAAUUGCUUACUGGUGGCUUGUGGCUAGGCUAGAGCUAGGUUCCCCCGUCUGGCCCCGUCCAUCCACAGAGAGAGAGAGAGAGAUUUGAUAGGGAUCAACUUGAUUGUAAAAUGUCCUGCCGAAAUUAAACCUAUUUAUCCAGAAUGUAUUCGUAUGGUUGGUGGCUAUCGGGGCACUUAAGAGAAGUGUAUGAUAUAAGUACUGUCUGUAUCAGCAAUUGAUUAUUGAUGUUAGAAGAAAUACAUUGGACCAUUUGGAACAACGGCUCAUCUUGUGUUAA